ACCUUAUGUCAAGGGAUGCGAGUGCAGUAAAAGUGUGUACUUUUGAGAGGCAGGAAGACACAGGAGGGAGGACCCUGCAGAACUUGGCCGUCUACCAGCUUACUUCAUAACAUCCUCGCGUUACGCCGCGCUUUUAUCCCUUUUGAGUGAAAAUGCUGCUUUCGUUCUAUUCAUUAUGACGUGAAGUUGCAACACGUCAAAGGAGAAUAUUACCAUUGUGGAAGCAAGAACGCGUCUUCCCAAGGAUAGCGGAUUCAAGGACGGUGAACAGACUGCUGUACUCCCCCGGCGUUGUAAAGGCAUCAAUCGGCCGAUGUGAAGUGGUGGGGCGGGCACGCUGGCUCGCGUUAGCCGCGUCGAGAUCUCGCCGUCUAUUACCCAUUCUCCGCGUUGACGCCCAUAGCAAAGGAAUGAAAGUCUGCUCCCUCUCUACAUCUCUGAGUGACAGCAUGAUGUUGGAAUGAAAGAUGAAGGGUGGCACUAAACCAUCAUCUAGUGCUCUCUGAGCUAUUCCGUGUGACUGAACUGGGGGACACAGAGGAAGAUGCCUCCCAGGCCAUCUUCAGGGGAAUUAUGGGGCCUCCACCUCAUGCCUCCCAGGAUCCUGGUGGAUUGCCUCUUGCCCAAUGGGAUGAUUCUAACUCUGGAGUGCCUGCGCGAGGCCACGCUCAUAACCAUCAAACAUGAGCUUUUUAAAGAAGCCAGAAAGUAUCCCCUCCAUCACCUCUUGCAGGAGGAGACAUCUUAUAUCUUUGUCAGUGUUACUCAGGAAGCUGAGCGAGAGGAGUUCUUUGACGAGACUCGAAGGCUUUGUGACCUCAGACUUUUUCAGCCCUUCCUUAAGGUCAUUGAACCAGUUGGUAACAGAGAGGAAAAGAUCCUGAAUAGAGAGAUUGGUUUUGCCAUUGGUAUGCCAGUAUGUGAAUUUGACCUAGUCAAAGAUCCUGAGGUUCAGGACUUCAGGAGAAACAUCUUGAAUGUGUGCAAAGACUCUGUGGAACUCAGAGAUGCCAGUGGGCCCCACAGCAGAGCCCUUUAUGUUUAUCCACCGAAUGUAGAAUCCACAAAAGAACUCCCAAAACACAUAUACAGCAAAUUGGACAAAGGUCAAAUUAUUGUUGUAAUUUGGGUUAUUGUUUCUCCAAAUAACGACAAACAAAAGUAUACAUUGAAGAUCAACCAUGACUGUGUGCCUGAGCAGGUGAUUGCUGAGGCCAUUCGUAAGAAGACACGCAGUAUGCUGCUCUCCCCUGAACAACUGAAGAUGUGUGUUCAGGAAUAUCAGGGUAAAUACAUCCUUAAAGUUUGUGGCUGUGAUGAGUACCUGCUGGAAAAGUACCCUAUUAGCCAAUAUAAGUACAUUCGUAGUUGUAUCAUGCUGAGCAGAAUGCCCAACUUGAUGCUCAUGGCUAAGGACAGCCUCUACACCCAGUUGCCUACCGAUAACUUUGUCAUGCCAUCAUACUCCCGUCGCAUCUCCACGGCAUCAUCAUAUAUGAAUGGCGAGGCAGCUGCCAAGUCACUUUGGACCAUCAACGGAACACUGCGGAUCCGGAUCCUCUGUGCUACAUAUGUUAACGUCAAUAUAAGGGACAUAGACAAGAUCUAUGUGAGAACAGGUAUCUAUCAUGGAGGAGAACAGAUGUGUGACAAUGUGAACACGCAGAGGGUUCCCUGCUCUAACCCCAGGUGGAAUGAGUGGCUGACCUAUGACAUGUACAUCCCAGAUGUCCCGCGAGCUGCCAGACUUUGCCUUUCCAUUUGCUCAGUCAAAGGCAGGAAGGGAGCAAAAGAGGAGCACUGUCCACUGGCUUGGGGCAAUAUCAAUCUCUUUGACUACACCCACACUCUGGUAGCAAACAAGAUGGCGUUAAACCUCUGGUCUGUUCCUCAUGGUUUAGAAGAUCUCCUCAAUCCUAUAGGAGUCACUGGUUCCAACCCUAAUAAGGAAACUCCAUGUCUGGAGCUGGAAUUUGACCACUUCAGUAGUCCAGUUAAAUACCCAGACAUGAAUGCUGUGGAGGAUCAUGCUAACUGGACUAUUUCAAGAGAACUGGGGUUUAACUACAAUCUUUCAGGACAGAGCAAUCGUGUAGCGAGAGAUCAUGCUCUGACAGAGAGUGACAUAGAUCAGCUGAGACAACUUAGUAAUAGAGACCCUCUCUCAGAAAUCACAGAACAGGAGAAAGACUUCCUCUGGAGACACAGGCACUAUUGCAUGAAUUUCCCAGAGAUCCUUCCCAAGAUUCUUCUUGCUGUCAAAUGGAACUCCAGAGAUGAAGUAGCCCAGAUGUACUGCCUGUUGAAGGAAUGGCCUUCCAUCCGCCCAGAGCAGGCCUUGGAAUUGUUGGACUGCAACUACCCAGACCCAAUGGUUCGACACUUUGCUGUACGCUGCCUUGAUAAAUACCUGACUGAUGACAAACUAUCUCAGUACCUCAUCCAGCUUGUACAGGUUAUAAAAUAUGAGCAGUAUCUUGACAAUCCUCUGGCUCGUUUUCUACUCAAAAAGGCACUAACCAAUCAAAGGAUAGGACAUUUUUUCUUCUGGCAUCUGAAGGCUGAAAUGCACAAUAAAACUGUGAGUCAAAGGUUCGGGCUACUUUUAGAGGCUUAUUGCAGGGCCUGUGGCAUGUACCUCAAACACCUAAGCAGGCAGGUGGAGGCCAUGGAGAAGCUCAUCAAUCUCACCGAUAUCCUCAAACAGGAGAAAAAGGAUGAGACUCAGAAGGUUCAGAUGCGGUUCCUGGUGGAUCAGAUGAAAAGGCCCGAUUACAUGGAUGCACUACAGAACUUUACCUCACCCCUUAACCCUGCACAUCAACUGGGCAACCUGAGGUUAGAUGAAUGCAGGAUCAUGUCAUCGGCCAAGAGGCCAUUGUGGCUCAACUGGGAAAAUCCAGAUAUCAUGUCUGAGCUACUCUUUCAGAACAAUGAGAUUAUCUUCAAAAACGGAGAUGAUCUGCGCCAAGAUAUGUUGACGUUGCAGAUUAUCAAAAUCAUGGAGAACAUUUGGCAGAAUCAGGGACUGGACUUACGCAUGCUGCCUUAUGGCUGUCUCUCAUUAGGAGACUGUGUGGGUCUUAUCGAGGUGGUUCGCAGCUCACACACUAUCAUGCAGAUUCAGUGUAAAGGUGGCUUGAAAGGGGCUUUGCAGUUCAAUUCAAAUACUCUGCAUCAAUGGCUCAAAGACAAGAACAAGGGCGAGAUGUAUGAUAUGGCUGUGGACCUUUUUACAAGAUCUUGUGCUGGCUACUGUGUAGCCACAUUUAUUCUUGGCAUUGGAGACAGACACAACAGCAACAUCAUGGUUAAAGAUGAUGGACAGUUAUUUCACAUAGACUUUGGACAUUUCCUGGAUCAUAAGAAAAAGAAAUUUGGAUACAAGAGAGAGCGAGUACCCUUUGUAUUGACCCAAGACUUUCUCAUCGUCAUCAGUAAGGGCUCCCAGGAGUGCGCUAAGACCAAAGAGUUUGAGAGGUUCCAGGAAAUGUGUUAUAAAGCUUACCUGGCCAUCCGACAGCAUGCCAACCUGUUCAUCAACCUGUUUUCCAUGAUGUUGGGUUCCGGCAUGCCUGAGUUGCAGUCAUUUGAUGACAUUGCCUACAUUAGGAAGACCUUGGCCCUGGAAAAGACAGAACAGGAGGCAUUGGACUAUUUUAUGAAACAGAUGAAUGACGCUCACCAUGGAGGUUGGACCACCAAGAUGGACUGGAUUUUCCACACUAUCAGACAGCAUGCCCUAAACUAAGCCGCUCAUCAACAAAUUCAACUUUUCUAUUUUUUUUUUUUAUUAACACAAAUGUGAGACCAUGGUCCUUGGUCGGAAAAAGGUGGAACACCCUCCCCGGGUCAGGGACGAGGUCCUUCACCAAGUGGAGGAGUUUUGAGUAUCUUGGGGUCUCGUUCACAAGUGAGGGAAGAAUUGAGCUAGAGAUUGGCGGGCAAAUCGGUGCAACGCUUGCGGUGACUGUGUAUGGAUCCGCCAUGCUAAAGAAGGAGCUGAGCAAAAAGGUCACGAGCUGUAUGUCGUGAGGGGUCCGGGCUCUCCCUUGGAGAUAGGGUGAGAAGCUCGGUCAUUGGGAGAGGCACUCGGAGUAAAACCUUCUCCGCAUCGAAAGGAGCCAGAUGAGGUGGCGCGGGCAUCUACUUAGAAUGUGUCCUGGACGCCUCCCUGGUGAAGUGUUCCACAAGUCCCACUGGAGAAGGCCUCGGGGUCGAGCAAGGACACGCUGGGGAGACUAUGUCUCCCGGCUGGCCUGGAAAUGCCUCGGGGUCCCCUUGGAAGAGCUGGACAAAAUGGCUGGGGAGGAGAGAGAAGUCUUGGCUUCCCUACUGAAGCUGAGCUGAAUCUCUGAUAAGCGGGAGAACACAAAUGGAACAUAAAUGUUUCACUUGAUUUCUGCCUGUUAUCACGUAUCACCUCCUCUUGUUUUUUGUUGUGUUGGAGUCGCACUUCGUGGAGGUGCCUUCAUAGGGGAUUGUCAUCAUGCAGAAUGUAUAAUAUCUUUUUGUAUUGUUAUUUUCAACCUCUGUGAAGUCGGCCCCCCAUCAGACGCACAUUUAUAUAAAAAUGAUGUCAAUUGUUUGUGCAGAAAAAAAGUUUCGUUUGUAAUGCAACCAUUUUUUAAAAAUAUUUAAAAUUCUUUUAUAGGGGAAAUUGAGGUCAACAGCCCCCAUUUUGAUUAACAGUGGCUAAAAAUGGUGUCAAUCGUUUAUACUUUGUUUGUGCUGUAAAAAAAUAGUUUGUGCUGCUCUCAUUUUUGAUGUAUUGAAAUAUUAAUUUUGAGUGAUGAUGUCACGCAGCCCCCCAUCUACGGCGGAAUGGAACUGCAGUGGUGCCAUUCGUUUGUGCUAGGUUUGUGCUGCUAUCAUUUUAUAGAUAUUGAGAUAUUAAUUUCUAGUGAUGACGUCGCUCGCAGCUUUUCCAUAUCCAACUCCCCCGGCUGAUGGAGCGUACCAACUCUCUCGAUCACAGAGGGGAUUGAGAUAUUAAUUUUGAGUAAUGACGUGACUCGCAGCCUCCAAUUUACCCCAAAAUGGACUCUAAGAGGUUCCAUUCGUUUGUGAUACGUUUGCGCUAGUUGUUGGGACACCCCUCCGUUAUUGAGAGAGUUGGUACACUCCGUCAGCCACGACGGAGGGGAUGCGAUUGACAUCAUCACUCGAAAUUAAUACUGCAAUAUCUAUAAAACCAUAACAGCACAAACCAAAAAAUUUACAGCACAAACGAAUGGCACCAUUAGACAAGUGCCAAUUACCGGUAUCAAGGUAUACCGUGGUAUGAAAACGUCAAGGUUUCAAAACCGCAAAAAUUUUCCAUCAUCCCCUCCCUAAGGUAUUAGCUAUUUUGUAUGUCCCAAAAAUGCAUGGAGAAAUCCCUGGCUCAACCCUCCCCCACCGGUUGUUGCUCAGUGUCAGUGAGUCAGCUUUGCUACACGAUGGCUGGAGGAGGUGGAACCCCCAUGCUACAGAAAAGUAGAAGAGGAGGGCCAACCCACAUGUAAAACAUGUUUGCGGAGGGUGGCUGCCGAGGAGGCAAUACCUCCAAUAUGACUAUAUGAUAAUAUAUUUCGCAAUUAUAAAAAAUUAAAGGUUAGUUAACAGUGUUAUGAAAGUUUCCCACCCACUACGAGAGUUAAUUCCAGUGUGUUUAGUGUGUCUAGCGGUGGUAAAACGUGUUGUUUUUUCUUUCUGGCAACUGUAUGUGUUGACAAAGAGAGUGUGUGUAUAAUUUAAACCUGAUACGAGUCAUACACACGUGCUUUUUAUGGAAAAUAAUUUAUUAUUUAUGUUCUGAUGGUAAUAAUGUUGAGGUGUGGCUGUGGGUUUAGGCUCACCUAAAGGACUGCAUUUAUUUUAAUUUUAUUUAGAAUACAUGUAUAUAUUUUAUAACUUAACAUUAUACUUAUGUUCCAACUGGCUAAUGUGUUUUGAAAAUUAAAAAUCCUGUUUAAUGGAAAAAACUUAAUUUUUAUUUAUUAUUAAAUUAAUAUCUCAAAAACGAUAACAGCCCAAAUGAAAACUUUUACAGCCCUAACGACACAUUAGCGAUUGUCACCAUUUUUAGCCAUUUUUAAUCAAAAUGGGGGGCCGGUUGACAUCAGAUUGAUCCAUACAAGGAUUUUAAAUACUUCAAAAACAAUUGCAGCACAAAUGAAACUUUUUACAGCACAAACAUAGCACAAACGAUUGACAUAAAUUUGCGUCUGAUGGGGGGCUAACUUCAUGGAAGUUUAUUACAAGUGAAUUUUUACACUGGGGGAGAAAAUCAAUGACCAUUGCACUUAUACUAGUUAAACUCUAUACGCUAUUUGCUGACAAGAAAUGCUGAUUAGUCAAACGACUACAAUAAUGACAUGUUCUACAUCCAGCUACAAAUAUAGCUAGUGGGUGUGUCUUGUUGCUUGAUUAGUGCUGCACUGAGGCUCCGGCCUAAAAAGUAAUCCCUGGAAAAUGUUUUUAGUGCCAGUGCCAAGAAGAAGAGGACAUUAUUUAUAAUGACGUAAAAUGGAUCCUAAGGUUACUUCAAUGGAGGCUGCUCUUAAAUCCUUGGUCUUUUACAUAUUUGUGGUGAAAAGGUCAUUUUUACCCCCUUUUGAAGUCGAGGUUAUUGUUUGUCUCCUCCCAAGCUCCAAGAAACAGCACUGCACCCUUGGGAGCAUUUGUGCACCUUGAGACUUUUCAACCAACUUCAGGGUGAUUUUGGUUUAAUGGAGAGGCCACUAAACCAAACGUUAGGAACAAAAAACAAAGAUUGUUAGGAAAGAAUGUAACAUAACAGUUUGUCAUUUUUCUUUUUGUUAGCCCAUAUGCCGCUUAUUCGGUCCUCGGUAUCCAACAUAAGAGAUUUGGUCACAUUUAUGUAAUAUGGAUGGUUAUCAAUUAGUUUUUUGGGUAUAUUUUAAAGACCGUUUUUUUUUUACUUGAGCAACGCAGACAAUCCUGUUUUGCCGUGGCUCUUAUUACUGCACUAACUGGAUUUUAUUUAUUUAUUUAUAUCAGUUAAUGUAUUUUUUCUAAUGCAAAACGGACGGUUUGUGAUUGAUGAUUUUUACUUUAUUAGACUCCCAGGGGAAUACCAUGUCUUCCUGUUGAUGAAAUUGUCUUUGUAUCAGAGGAUAACACUAAACUAGUGGUUCUUAACCUUGCUAAAGAUGGCGAACCCCAUAAGUUUCACUUGCAGUUCUGUCAUCUUAACAUCUCAAAUGAUAUCAAAUUUAAUACAACACUCUGCAUUUUAUUAGUGCACCAAAUGGUCGACAAAAUUUGUACACAAAAUCCAUGUUCAAAGGGCAAAAAACGGACAUGAAUCUCCACAUAGAAACAAUACAACAGUGUAAAACAAAUAUUUAUUGCAAUUACCUUUGCUGUUGCAUUUACCCAGUGCUUAAUUUGUAAAUCAUAAAGUGCUGGAAUGCAAAGUACUUAUGACAGCACAGGGAUGACUAGACGGGCACAGGUCACGGAACCUACGCAGAAAAUGGUGCUGAAAACAACACGCAAUGCCCACUUGCGAUGCUGUGGGACUUACAAGCCUCAAAUUCAGAUAAUAUCCAUGAUAUAAAUGAUAUGACAACAAUUUACAAUUAUUCAGGCUAUACUCUGCACAGGACUGGCAAUUGCCCACAUACCACAGGUGGGAAUUACAGUUCACAGUCAGCUAUUAGUUUCUCAACAGGUCUAACUUGUAAAACAUAAAAAAAUUAACACAAUAAUAACACAAACCCAUUCUUUUGCGAGUUUCAUCCCCCCUGUCUUCUCUGGCUCUAAAGUUCCCUCCGCCUUACAAAUUGUGCAGUCCAAACCCGAAUUUCCUAUAAGGGUACUGCCCUGUUGCUCCGGCUGGUGGUGGUCCACCUGGCUGACUGCUGGCGUUGUAGCUGGCCCCCACUCCAGGUGGCGCUGAACCUGACCAGCUGGUACCACGGUAGCACCCUCCUGCCCCGGCUUGGCUGGCUGUCCGUGAACCUGGCUAGCUGCUGCGCGCUAGCCUCCUGCUGUACCUGGUCCUGCCCGUUAGCAUGAUUGCUGCCCUCAUCGCUGGUUGUUGCUUUUCUGACCAGUUUUGAACCACCUUCCUUCUUUUUGAAAAAAAGACAGUAAAUGCAACUGUCUUUUUGGCAUGUUCAAAUACCGUCUGAUCCUGGCUGCUUGCUCCCCAGAUGCCACAACUUUCUAAAGUUUUUUUUUUUUUUUUUUUAUGUCAGGGGCGUGAUUUGUUGGUCCAGCUUUUCAGUGCAUCAACAAAUCUCCGACUCUUUCAAAUAAUGUUAAAUUUUUAUAAACAACAUGCAAUUCUUGGGAUUUAUUCUGUGAAUGAAUUUAUGCAUAUUAUUAUUUUAUUUUAUACAUUAAAAAAAAAAAAAAAAAGAUUUUAUAUUAUUAUUAUAUUCUAUACACGAGAGGUGCCGGAUCUGCCCAAAUAAGUCCCAGAACACAGGGAGGCCAAAAUCAAGAGGAUCCUGCCGGAACAAGAUCCGGCACAAAUUAACCCCUGCCUUUACUGGUCGGCGGUGAGAAAAAGAUUGGGGACCGCUGGGAUAGAGGAGUAGCAGUUGAAAGAAAUAUGGACGAAAGCCUGUAAAUUGGGGGCAACUCAGUUCAAAACCUGCUCUUAAGUGCCACUUUGCCUAAAUUUAAUCAGCGUACAAAAAUGUGUCUUAAGGCCUUUUCAAACUAGCGUCAGCCCAGUGUGAGGAGCGGUCCACAGUAAGCGCAAAAUGGGAGGAGCCACAUAGCCUGACAUACACGCUGUCAGGAAGUGAAAAACAGCAAACAUACUUACUAUAGUCCUCAGCACCAAUGCAUUUAUUUUUCAUUGUUGUUCAAGAAACGAGCGACUUUUCCUAGUUCAAGGAGGAGGGGACAUUAUAAUAGCUUUGUAACAGUGAACAGUGUUGUUAAUGUUGAUUAUGGGGUAUUUCAGGCUCACUUGCUGUUGAUUUGGCGUCAUUUUAGGGUCACUUUCUGUUGUUAUGAGGUCACUUCCUAUUGAUCUGGGGUCAUUUCGGGGUCACUUCCUGUUGAUCUGGGGUCAUUUUGCGGUCAUUUCCCGUUGAUAUCAGGUCAGCUUCUGUUGAUUUUGGGGCAUUUGGGGGUAACGUCUUGUUUAUAUUGAGUCACUUGCAUUGGAAAUCAAUGGGAGUGAAUGUGGAAGUGGGAAGUUUUUGUGCCAUUGAAAAUAAAUGAGAAAUUUGCCCAUUAGAAAUGAAUGGGUAGGUUUUUGGCAAAUUUUAGUGGAACCGUAGGUUUCUGGCAAUAAUUGUAUUCAAUUUUGUGCUCCUUGGCGUCCUGAAUUUUUUGAUGUGUAAAUGAUGGGAUUUGGACAAAAACUGUAGGACAUGUAGUGUUUUAAAAUUUCACUUUUUUUCUUAAAAAAAACAAAAAAAAAACACGUUUUUGGGCAAAUGAUCUUUUUUGGGGUGUCAGAAAACGAGACCCUGCAUCACUUGAGAAUUCCAGUCAUUUUGGUCUAUGAACAGUGUCGGUGGGUCAAACGGUUUUGGCUAGGCGGUGCGCUGAAUAAACGGCAAUGGGAAAAAAGGAAUAUUAUAGGUGGUAAAUUUGGCAUUACAUGCAACAACCUGAUAGCGCAGAUAUAAGUACGCCUGCCCCUCUGCUAUUGGAUGCGUUGUUGAUGUCAGCGCAGUGGCGCUGUGAAAAUAGGACAAGUCUGUAGUUUGGGCCCUGCCGCUCACUUUCACCGAAAAGUCCCCUCCCACAUACACAAUGAAUGGGUUGCCGCUGAGCCCUACACACUAGGUUGUUGCUUGUUUGAAACAUCCUUUAACCUUCCUCAAACCCCUGGGGUACGAUCGAACCCAGGUUAAGAACCACUAAACACACUAUAGCCCAAACCGAUUGCUACCAAUAUUCCCUGACAGGAAAUUUGCCCAAUUCAUCUUCCAAUUACCAUGAUGAGCAUGAGAAUGGAAUGCCAAAUUGAACAUGACAACAUCAUAUCAGGUUGAUGAGUUGUUAGCACGAGAUAAAAAAUUCAGUCCUAGGCUCAGACUCGCUGUUUGGAGUUUGCAUGUUCUCCCUGUGCCUGUAUGGGUUUUCCCUUCCUACAGCCCAUAGUUAGUGAGGAUAAGCAGCACGAAAGAUGAAUGAAUGUCAUGUGAUUUGUAUUACUGCUGAGCAUAUUUUAGCAGAGCAUCGCACUUUUAGUGUGCCCCACUUUCAUGUCAAGGACACUGUAUUAGAACUCUGUCUUGGCCAAAUGUGUGCAUGCUCAUUGUAUAACUACACUUGCCAACUCAACGUUUGUAUUCAGAAGUCAAAGUUUUGCUAUUUUGCGAUGUGAUGUACAAAUGUCAUGGUUUUUGCACCAUUAAUGUCUUGAAUGUAUUCAUUUGCUAGCACAGGCACACGUAGGGGUUGGAACCUCUGGGUACCUCAUGAUAUACGAUUUGCGAUAUCAGGGUCACAAAGCAAUUGUUUAUCACUAGUAGUUCAUUUGAACUGUUAGGAUGGCAGCAAAUGAGCAUUUCUUCUUUCACUGCCAUCCCUCCCAUUUCAAACAGAUUGGACAUCUAUGGCAGCCAUUGCCAGGCAAUGAGUUUAUUUUGAGGCUUUUCCUGUAAAUGUUUGGUCCUUUUUGUUUUUCGGGCAUUUACGGAUCCCUUCCUGUUGAUUUUGAGUCAUCUACAGGUCACAUCUUAUUGUUGAUUUUAGGUAACUGAAAAGGAAGUGACUCAAAAAUAUCCCCAAAUAAAUAGGAAGUGACUCAAAUCAACAGGAACUAACUGUAAAUGCCCUAAAAUGAAUUGGAAGUGACCUGUAAAUGCCCACAAAGACUGUGAAUGCUAUGGUUUCAGUGCCAGUGACGGCUCUAGACGUCCAGUCCAGUCAGAAUGAAAUGAUGUCUAAGGGCGCUUUCCCACUAACACUGUUUGGUCCGUUUUAAACAGACCAGAGUUCUUUUUUCAGAUAGUCUGCUUUGUUUUGUAAAUGCAAACGCGUAUCCAAACUCUCGUUCGGACCAAACAAAUUAACUCUGAUCUGCUCAAAAAUCGUGGGUCUUGGUCCGCUUUAAGUGCACCCUGCUUCGCUUGUGAAUGCAACAGUAGCACAGAGUGCUUUUGCUAAUUUUUGCGCGACGUCACAGCAAGGAGCUGUGAUGCUCCAGGCGCUACACGCAGGGCAUCCAUGGAAGCAGAAGUGCAGUGGUAUGAAAAAGUAUCUGAACCUUUUGGAAUUUCUCACAUUUCUGCAUAAAAUCACAAUCAAAUGUGAUCUCAUCUUUGUCAAAAUCACACAGAUGUAAAAACAGUGUCUGCUUUAACUAAAACCACACAAACAUUCAAAGGUUUUCAUAUUUUACUUGGGGAUAGCAUGCAAACAAUGACAGAAGGGGAGGGGGUAAUUUUUAACUAAACAAUUGAAGUCAGGUGUGUGCCCUAUCACUAAUGAGUGGUUGAAAGCUGCCCUGACCACUAUAAAACACAUGCCUAGUGAGAAUUGUCUUGAUGAGAAGCAUUGUCUUAUGUGCCUCAUGGCUCGAUCAAAAGAGCAAUGAUGCAAAGGAUUGUUGAUUUGUAUAAAGGUGGGAAAAGAUACAAAACCAUCUCUAUAAGUCUGAAUGUUCAUCAAUCGACAGUCAGAGAAGUUGUCUAUAAAUGGAGUUUGGCACUGCUGCCUCUCUCCCAAGGAGGGGUCGUCCACCAAAGAUGAUGGCAAGAGUUCAGCACAGAAUACUCAGAGAGGUAAAAAAGAACCCUAGAGGCGGUCUGCUAAAGACAUAAAAAAAUCACUGGCACAGUCCAGUAUCUGUGCUCACAUCAAAUAUAUGUAAAACUUUGGCCAAGAAUGGUGUUCAUGGGAGGACUCCACGGAGGAAGCCACUGCUGUCUAAAAAAAAAAAAAAAAAUGUUCAUUUAAUGUUCGCAAGAAGGCAACACUCUACAGAAGUUUUGGCAAAAUAUUUUUUGGACUGAUGAAACCAAAGUUGAAUUGUUAUGAGAGUAACACACGAUGUAAUAUGCGGAGGAAAAAUGGAACAGCUCACCAACAUCAACACCUCAUCCCCACCAUAAAGCAUAGUGGAGGAUUUGGGGCGGUUUUGGUGCCUCAGGGCCUGGACAACUUGCAAUCAUCAAUGGAAGAAUGAAUUCAAAAGUUUAUGAGGAUGUUUUGCCGGAAAACCUGAGACCGUAUGUCAGGCAGUUGAAGCUAAAAAGAGGAUGUAAGUAAAUCAACAUCAGAAUGGUUUCAGAAGAACAAAUUACACGAUGGAGCAUCAUGAUUUGGGGGUGUUUUGCUACCUCAGCGCCUAGACAACUUGCAAUCAUUAAUGGAAGAAUGAAUUCAAAAGUUUAUCAAGAUGUUUAAAUCAACUUCAGAAUGGUUUCAGAAGAAUGAAAUACAUGUUCUGGAGUGGCCAAGUCAAAGUCCAGACUUGAACCCCAUUGAGAUGCUGUGGCAUGACGUAAAGACAGCGAUUCAUGCCAGACAUCCCAGGAAUCUGACUGAACUACAGCAGUUUUGUAGAGAAGAAUGGGUCGAGAUUAGUCCUGAUCGAUGUGCCAGACUGAUCUGCAGCUACAGCAAGCGUCUGGUUGAAGUUAUUGCAGUCAAAAGGGGGCCACAAAAUAUUAAAUGUGAUGGUUCACUUACCUAUUUUUCCCCCUUCUGCCAUUUUUCACUAUCCUCAUUAAAAUAUGAAAACCUAUAAAUGUUUGGGUUGUUUUAGUUAAAGCAGACACUGUUUUUUCAUCUGUGUGAUUUUGACAAAGAUCAGAUCACAUUUGAUGUGAUUUUAAGCAGAAAUGUGAUAAAUUCCAAAAGGUUCAGAUACUUUUUCAUACCACUGUACAGCGCACAUGCCAUAAAAAUCUACAAUGGCAAGAUGGCAGACAUUUAACCAUGGUCAAAUGUUGCGCAGUGCUAAGCAGACGCGUUUGAUACACAGAAUCGGGUUCUAGUAAGGCGGGUGUGUUUUACAUGCUGUUACUGAACGGACCGUGCAAGAGUGACAAUGGCCGAGAGAGGCGGAGCCUCUCGGGAUGGCUGUUUCGUGAGGCUCUCCCUCAAGUGAGAAAGUGAGAGCGAUUGCACGGCUUUGUGACUUUGGGUACUAUGCGGUUCGGUUUGGUAGUUUAAUUUUCCCCCUAUGCAUUUUUUAUAUACUCCAGUUUGCUCGCCAUAGAGGCGGAAGGGAGCGACCCCGCCGCUGAACGAGCAGCAGCUUAAUUUAUGCUACAUUACUCCCUGGAGGGAGGUAUUUCCUCAUCUAUUUGUCCAAUCAAUGAGUGCGCCUCGUCCACGUGAUGCUAAUCAGAAAGUUCGGUUGGCGAAGAGUGAAUGCUGAACCUUUUCAACAAGUGAUUUGCAAUUGUUGUUGCCAGGUAGCUCUCCAACCGGACCCUGGUUCUCUUGGUCUAAUGUGAAAGUGCCCUAAGUGCCGUCAAUGGCAGCUAGUGACGUAGACACUGUAGGAAUGAAAGAUUUUGAUAGCAACCUGUUUUUUUUUUCAUUUUAUUUUUCAUAAGCAGUGACACCUUUUUAAAACGAUAUAUCGAUUCUUGUUGGGAACAUAUGGAUAACCUUUUGGGUUACAAAGUAUUGUGAUAUAUAACCUUUUCGAUGUAUUGUUACACCCCUAGCCACAUGUGCACUCAUUAUUUAUAAUGUAUGUCUUAUGUUUAAAAAAAAGUUUUUUGAGGCAGUCAAAGUUCAUUGUGCAGUCGAGCAAAUCAGUUACAGACUUUUUUGGGGGGGCUGGAUGAUUCUGAGGUCGCGCUCUAUAAAUUCCGUGAUGCAGUAUUAAGCAGUAUACAAUUAAUACACACCAAUGAGUGAGUGUAUAUGAAUGUUGAUUUCGGUUUGUUUCAAUGUUUAUAGGUCGCACAAGGUUGAUGAACUCGUUUUGGCAGGUCCCACUGUGUGAAUGGAUGUGUGCAUUUGUGUUGGCACAGCAACCUUAAGCUCGUGUCAAUGUCAUGUGCAUCUUUUUCAUUUUAGUUUAUUUUUUCGCUUUUAUGGGAAACACUAAAAUGAAACUAUUCAUAGGAUCUGAAAAUAUCAUAUAUCUGAACCAUAGAGUUGGUGUAUUUGUGUAGUGUAGAUAAACAGUACACUGACUCUUUUUUAAUGUGUGCGUUUUUUUAACGCACAAAUUAGUGUUUUUAUCUUUGUGAGAUAAUGUGUUAGCCGAUUUAACACUAUGUAAUGCUGAGAAUUUCAGAUGAUUUACUGUCACAAAAACAACUCAAACUUGCAAAACAGUUUGGGCUGUGUCAACAAAUACCCAAUCAACUUUCAAACAUAAUGCAAUACAAAUGACCAGUAUACUAAUGUGCAAUGAAGAAAUUGUGUUUAUGUUUUUGAUGAAUUAACUCUUUGGACCUAGAUUUUGUAUUCCUUUUUUGAAAGCAUUUUUCCCCUCUUAAACGUGCUCUGGAUAUGAAUGUAAAUAGUUGUGAGUCUUUGAAUGGCCUUAAAUAUACAGGGUGUUCCAAAAUGUUUGACCCCAUUUUGUAGGCCAAUUAUUUUGACAAUUUUCGUUAGAAUUACCUCAAAUUUCACAGCUUGCUUAGAAACGUUUCAAGUUUUUGUGUGUACCGUUUGGCAUUUCUAUCUUUUCAGGAUAAGAAAUGCCAUUCACUUUAAAAGAAAAGGCAUUUUGCGUGUUAGAGUAUGCUCGGACUCAGUCACCGAAGACAGUGCAGCGUGCCUUCUUCACAAAUUUUGCAAAGAAGGCACCAACUAAACAACAAAUUAGGACUUGGCUCCAAAAAUUUCAAGAAAUUUCAGCAAGUAAUUUGGCACGAGCUCGAAUACCGACUCGACGUGUGCAGAGUCACAGGCGGCACUCACAUUGAACAUCUAUGAAAAUCUGUCAUAGAACUAACAAAUAUUUAUACUCUUCUUUGUAAAUUUAACCGAUCAAACUUAUGACCUUCAACAUAAAGUGUAUUUAGUUUCAUAAAGAUCCAUCAAGUUGUUUUCAAGAUAUGGAAUUUAGGAUGGGGUCAACUA